AUGAAGCCCUUUUCGUCUGGGACGCGUCUAAGGGACAUUAUUAGGGCAAUACGAGCCUGCAAAACUGCUGCAGAAGAGCGUGCUGCUGUUAGAAAAGAAUGUGCUUCUUCACUCUUAUCUUUCCUAGAUCUUAACCACACCAAUCAGUACAUUGUGGGACUAGCUCUUUGUGCUUUGGGUAAUACAUGUUCUGCAGAAAUGGCUCGUGAUCUUGCACCUGAAGUUGAAAGAUUGCUGCAAUUUCGAGAUCCAAAUAUUCAAAAGAAAGCAACAUUGUGCUUAAUAAGGAUUGUAAAGAAGGUCCCUAACCUUGCAGAAAAUCUUGUCAACCCUGUUGUUUCCUUACUUAAAGAAAAACAUCAUGGGGUUCUUUUAAUAGCAAUCCAGCUCUGUACAGAUCUCUGUAACCUUAAUGAAGAGGCUCUUGAAAUUUUUAGGAAGAAAUGCACAGAGGUGUUGGUGAAAGUUUUGAAGGAUGUUGUCAACAACCCAUAUGCUCCUGAAUAUGAUGUUUCAGGUGGCAACAAAAACUGAGUCAAACAAGAAUGCAGGGAAUGCAAUACUUUAUGAAUGUGUAGAAACCAUUAUGAGCAUUGAAGAUAGCAGUGGU